AUGGAGUUUGAUUGUUCCCGCGACAAUUACCAGAAGCAACUGAUGGAGGAUUGGGCGAGGAAAUUCGACAGCUCACUUCUCCAAAUCGGGGAAAUGGCGGGAAAAUAUCGCCAAAAUCCCCGAUGUACUCUAGUCUCCAAGCACUGUGGUUCUUUUAAUUUUUGUGUUCGACUGCAUUGGGACGAUGAUGGGCCAGACUGGCUGAUUCGUUUUCAAAUACCUGGCAAAACAGUUUUUGCCGAUGAGAAACUUCGCGGCGAAAUCGCAGUUAUGAAACUCGUUCGCCAAAAUACGUCUAUACCUGUUCCAGAGAUUAUCACUUAUGGCUCAGCGGCCGAGAAUCCAACUGGCCUAGGCCCCUUCAUUAUCAUGACUUGGCUUGAAGGGGUGCGGAUGAAAGAGCUGAUGGAAAAAAAAGUAUGCUCCCCAGAUGGUUUUGAAGAAACUCUGCUGGACCCAGAACUCGAUGCCAAUACACUGAGAACUUUGUAUAGCGAAGUUUCUGGCAUACUUUAUCAGCUUUGGACUCUUGAAUUUGAUAAAAUUGGCUCCGUUGAUUUUAAUUCUGAUUCCAAUUCAUGGGAAGUCAACAGCCGACCAAUAACGCUUGGUAUGAAUGAGCUGGUAAGGUACGGCGGAAUAAAUGAAGAGAAUUUAGCUUGUGGAACCUUUGAAUCAUCGCUAGACUACGUUUUUCAUCUUUGCGAAAUGCGUGAGUUGCAUUUUAUGAAGCAACGCAACAGUGUCCAUGAUUCUCGUGACUGCCGAGCUAAAUAUACCUGUCGCCGCUUUCUAAAAUCCACUGCUACUUUAUUCACCUCCAAACGCGAUAUCAACGGGCCUUUUAAACUAUUUUGCGAUGAUUUGGGGCCUGGAAAUAUCUUGGUAGAUCCGAUAACAAACAAGGUGACUGGUGUCAUUGACUGGGAAUUUUGCUAUGCUGCACCUGCGCAAUUCGCAGCAUCACCACCACCAUGGCUUCUUUUGAAACCCAUUAGCCAUUGGGUGGAAGAUUCUGGUCUGCAAGCAUUUUUAGAUGUCUACAUCCCGAAAUUCAAUGUUUUUUUGGAAACACUACAAGAGCAUGAGACAAACCGGCCUUCGAUAAAUACGGAUGAAACUUUGUCUAACCGCAUGCGAAAUGCACUGGAGGAUCGUACAGUCUGGUUUAAUUUCGCAAUUCGAAACGGCUGGAGUACCGAUAACCUUUACUGGAACUUGCUUGAUAAUUAUGUUUAUGGAACGGCACUACAGACAGAAAGGGUUGCACGAACGACUGGCGAAGCCCACCUCCGUAAUCACCGGGAGACUGUCGUGCGCUUAAAAAUCCUAGAACUCCAACAAUACAACCGUGAAAUGAGGCAAGAUGUACAUGUCGAAUACCAGCAAGAGGAGGAGGACGAGAAGGCCCAGUAUUGGUUACCCCCUGAGUCAUUGUGUUUAUUUCCAGAGAAGUAUGCCUCUAACUUGCUCUAUAGAGUUGUUAUCAAAACGCGGCCUGCGGAAUGUCGGGCGCCCCUAGAGGUGGAAUACCGCGAGCACCUCAGGGCAAGCGUCUCGUCAUGCCAAUUCAUACGGCCGCUCCUUGAUAUCAUUCCUGAUGUUAACGAUAGUCCAACUAGACCGAAAUAUGACAAUAACGCCACUCAUCAAAUGGCUGCCAGUCAUAUUCCCCCAGGUCUCGUGUUCCAAUGGAUGGACCACAACCUGUAUGAUUUUGAUCCUCGAAUAUACCGGCGAGAUUAUGUGUUGGCUGAGGCAGUUGCGACUGGGGCACUGAAAGUCCUCGUUUCAUUUGAGAAUAAUAAUCCUUGUACCUAUGAAGUGAAUCUUUCUGAUUUGGGAGAAUCAAAUUAUGAUGGGUUUUCUAGAACUCUUACGGGAUCCUCGUUGACACGCGCUCCUGAAGUAUGGGAAGGCAAAGGCCAUUUCCAUAGCUCUGAUAUUUGGGCUCUCGGAGUGACUUUGUUUGAGCAAUUUAGUCACUCCGCCUUUAGUUUUUCAGUGAUACGAGAUGAUGUCCUGGUUGAAACAAUUAUGCUUGCUAAACUCAUGCGCCUUUUCCCUGAAUGGCAUCCUUCUCCCGUUGAAUGGAUGGAUGUAUACGGUCAAAGCCUCGGGCAGGUAUUCGCUGACGCGACGCGUAUUAAGGACAGCAUCCCAAUCGAGCCACUAGACCAGUAA